UCUAUGGGAGCCCGCCAUCCAGCCUCCCCGGCCAGCCCAGUACAGUAGUCCUUAUAAGGGAAGCGGCGGCGGCGACGGCAGAGACAACGGAGGUGCAGGGUUGCGAUGGAGGUGGUGCUGAAAGGACAGCUCCCGUCCCUCCCUUCUCCCUCCCCCUUUGGAGCUGAGCGGCGGGUGCUGCCUGCAGAACGCACAGCCUUGCCAGCACAGCCGCCGCGGAAGCCUCAGCAGCGGCAGCAGGAGCAGGAGCAGCAGCCAUGAGCCAGGCAACCGCCGCCUCUCUUUCAGCAGCAGAAGUAGCCGCCGCGUCCGCUCCCGCCUCCCGCGGGGCUCCCCAGCAGCCGUCCGCUGCCGCCGCCGCCGCUACCCGCGUCUCUCCCAGCUCUGCGGGACCAUGAAGCGGCAAAACGUCCGGACUCUGGCCCUGAUCAUCUGCACCUUCACUUACCUGCUGGUGGGCGCCGCCGUCUUCGACGCCCUGGAGUCCGAGGCUGAGACUGCCGACCGGACUAAGCUGGACAAAGCAGCUGGAGCUCAGAGCAAGUACAACCUCUCCGAGGCCAACUACUGCGAGCUUGAAGGGGUGGUGCUGAAGCUGAAGCCACAGGCUGGCGUCCAGUGGAAGUUCGCCGGCUCCUUUUACUUCGCCAUCACCGUCAUCACCACCAUAGGCUAUGGACAUGCAGCCCCUAGCACUGAUGGUGGGAAAGUCUUUUGUAUGUUCUAUGCACUGCUGGGAAUCCCACUCACCCUGGUCAUGUUUCAGAGCCUGGGCGAGAGGAUCAACACCUUUGUGAGGUACCUCCUGCACCGCAUCAAGAAGUGCCUUGGCAUGAGACGGCCAGAAGUAUCAAUGGCCAAUAUGGUCACUAUUGGAUUCUUCUCCUGCAUCAGCACCCUUUGCAUUGGAGCUGCUGCAUUCUCCUACUAUGAGAAUUGGACCUUCUUCCAGGCCUACUACUACUGCUUUAUCACCCUCACCACCAUUGGUUUUGGAGAUUAUGUGGCCCUUCAGAAAGAACAUGCCCUCCAGACCAAGCCCCAAUAUGUGGCCUUCAGCUUUAUCUACAUUUUAACUGGGCUGACAGUCAUUGGGGCCUUUCUCAACUUGGUGGUGCUCCGGUUCAUGACCAUGAAUGCUGAGGAUGAAAAGCGGGAUGCGGAACACCGGGCACUGCUCACCCGCAAUGGACAGGCCAACAGUGUACAUACAACAGACACUACUGCUUCCUCAACUGCUGCUGCAUUAGGGGGCAUAGGGGUUGGUGGAAGCAGCAGCAGUAGAGGAGGACUCCGAAAUGUUUAUGCUGAAGUUCUCCACUUCCAAUCUAUGUGCUCCUGCCUCUGGUAUAAGAGCCGGGAGAAGCUGCAGUACUCUAUCCCCAUGAUAAUCCCCAGAGACCUCUCCACCUCUGAUACCUGCAUGGAACAGAGCCACUCCUCCCCUGGGCAUUACCCAGAGACCCCAUCCAACAGAUGCUUCUGCAACACUCAGCGUUCAGCCAUCAGCUCUGUUUCCACAGGACUUCAUAGCCUCUCAGCCUUCCAAGGACUUAUGAAGCGCCGAAGUUCUGUGUAGAGACUAGGAGUCCUUUUACAAACUCUCCUUCACUACUGAAAAAAAUAAAUAAAAGGCAGGCAUGAAAACCCAGGUGGAUAUAAAUGACAAAAUACAAUUUUGAAUUUAUAAAAAUAAUUUAACUAUAAAAAAGGAAGAAAGAGCAUGCACCUAGAGAGUGCACAAUAAACUGAUGGAUCAAUCAGUGGCUUAGUUAUGAGGGGCAAUCUCCUGGGGAAACUGAACCACCAGUCUCUAGACCAGGAGCUAGUAGUGGAUUCUGUUAAGUUCUUCUGAUGAUCAAGAAGGGAGAAAGUCAGAUUGUCCUUCCAAAGGUCUGGCAACAUUAAGUUGUCUCUUCUCCCCAAGAAGGAGGCUCGACACUUCUGUUGCUGUGGUGGAAAUUUUAAACUUGUUUUGCAGCAACUCCACAAAAUAUGAAACUUGAAAAUAAGGCUUUGCACCCUUGUAAAAAAUGUGUAGAACAGGGUGAGGUGGCUCUCAAGUUGAGUGUACACAUCUUAAUUUGUGCCAAGGACUGAUGGAACAACUUUACAUUGUUUUCUCCAGGCCAGUCCAAUAAAGUGGGAUGAAAGGAGGGGAAAUAAUGUUAAAUACAGCUCUUUAUCCUCCAUUUAUUUUAUUCCAUCCAUUUCAAAAAGAAAGGAGGGGUCUUUUUGCUUGCUUGUCAUUGAAAGGCCAUCCAUUGGGGGAAACCAUUAUGUAGGAGAAGUUAGAAAUCUUAUAGAGGAUGAAGAACCUGGUCCUGAUUAGUUAAUACACAAAUGAUAUCAGUUACAAAUGGCACAUGUAUGUACAAAUAGUGGCUUUUGCUACAUGGUUUGGCCAAAUAUCAGCAAAAGCUGCUUCUUAUUCAUUGUAUCCCAUUCACAUUUAUGACAUUUAUUACUCUACCACCCUCCAGAAUACAGCACUGUGCAAAGCAGUAUCCCAUUUGUAUUUCUAUGUUUAAAUGUACCACAACACAAGCUCAUAUGCUCUUCUGCAAAGCUUUCAUACAGGCAAAUCCACUCUCAAAAUCUUUCUUACUAUCUCUAAAUCCCACUGAAUAGAAUUCAAAAAUGUCUUCUAUAUUUUCUCCUUUCUGGUCCUUUCCCCCAUCCUCACAGGCUCUGUUGUCCUAGAAAGGAAUGCUACUACAGUAUACUUCCCUCUCAAAUCUACCAUUUUUGAAUAUGUGAAAGAUUUAACUUCUUCACAAGUGUGAUAAGGUUGUAUCUCUGGCACUGUCUUGGCAUAGAAUCUUUUCACUAUGAUGCAGCAAGAGUCUGAUGUGAAGUGAAGGCAGAGCCUACUCAAAUAUCAUCAUUUCUCUGUAACCUAAAUUUCUAUUCUUCUAGGAUGUGCAAUGUCCUCUAAAAGUUACUGCAUUUCUACAAAUCAGAUGAGGGCUGUGAAUCAUGGGUCACACUGCACCAAAGGGACACAGCCCCAGUUUGCUAACCUGAAUGUUUUAUAGCUAACCCGGGAAAGUUGAAUUAAUUGGAAAUCAACCAUUCAACCUUGGAUAACUCAUUAUGACUUUAAGAAUAAUCCACAUGUUUGCUCAUAAGCUAGGCCAGUGGUGGCGAACCUAUGGCACGGGUGCCAGAGGCGGCACUCAGAGCCCUCUCUGUGGGCACGCACGCUGUCACUCCAGUCCUAGGCCUUCAGCUGGGUUUUAUAGGAUCCUCAAAGCAAAGAUACUGCCUUCAUGAUGAUGUAUAUAUAGUAUGUUGUUUAUCUAUAAACACUGAUCAUUUAAAAUUAUGUAUGACAAUAACUAGGUAUACUGUAGGAUGUUAAAGAGACCCAUGCAAAAGGGAAUUUAGAGAACUGAUAAAGUUAAUUGAAGGCGCCCCCCCAAAACAAUUUAUCUUUAAAUAGAAGCAUAAUUCUAGAUUUCCAGGGAAAUCUUUGUGUCUACUCCCAUUUUGGAGGGGGAGGGGAUGUCUUAAAUUCAGGACCAUCCUUAAAAUAUAUAAAUACAGUAUGACUGAGUUUGAUUCUAGUAAGGGUGGCAGAAUGAAAAGCAAACAGAUCUGAUCGACGAAUGCAACAACCUGUCUUCUCUUAGCAGAUAGUAAAAAUGGGAAAGCUAUAUGAGAACAUUAACCCUUAACUUAUGUUCAUUUGGCUGCAUCAGCAAGAGAUAAACAAACAUGUGUGACUUCAGCUAAAAGUCACUCCCAGUGCUGUCCCUGCUCUCUUCCUUCCUGGGACAGAUUCUGCUGAGAGGCUCACAAAGCAACUAAGCUUUCUGGCUCAAAUGGGCUCAUGCAUCAGUGAGCAAAUUAGGCUAAGCUGGUCUUAAGCUAAAGCUUUUUUAUUAUCAUUCCUGCUCAUGUGAACUUAGUAUUAGAAGCAAUCGGCACAGCAUCACAUUGACAAAAGUGUAAAACCAGAGCUGGCUGGAGGGCUGACUGGCAGAAUGUCUCCUUAGGAGUUGAGGCUGGUUGAGAAGAAUGUAAGAGGCACUCAAGUUUAGGAAAAGUUCUGAAGGUUCUUGUGAUAGAAGAACAUGUACUAAUAUAUUUGGAUUCAACAUAUUUGUGUUUUAUUGAAAAAAACUCUCUGACUCAUGAACCUGGUUUCAAAAUGAAACCAGGAUAGAAAACAUGAAAAGAAGCUUAAUGUUUCUGGGAUCACACUUCCACAUUUUGCUGCCAAUGAUUCUCCAACCAGCCAUCAAUAGUAGACUGCUGAGAAGGAGAUGAGAGGUUAACAUUUCUAAAAAGAAGGCACAGAGAAUCAUUUUUGAAGUUACAAUAGAAGAAAAUAUCCGUAGCUCAGGAUUGAGCUGUGAAGUCCUUGGUGCUCUCUGAGCUUGAUGGCUUGCUUGCAGACAUCUCAUUAUCCAACUGGGUAACAAUUUAUUACCUAGAUGGGUAAUGAUAUGGUUGCAAUCAAACAACCUAACUCAGAAAGCACCAAGGACUCCUCAUUUUUGAGGUUAGUUUCUCUGUCCCUUAAUUUUCAGCCCUUGAGAUGUCUUCUUUUUCAUCCCACAUCCUAGACAGAAGGGUUUUGCCAAUUCAUAACUCAAAGAGUUGUCCUCAUUAAAUUUUUUACAUUUCUAUCACAUAUUCAUUGGUUGAGCUAAGACAAAUUAAGCAGGGUCAGGCAUGGUUAGUAUUUGGACUGGAAAACCUCUAAGACAUUCCACUAAACAGGAACUUGAAAAGAGUUCAAGAAAUGGGCAAUGGAAAGCCCCCUUCUAUGAGAAAAUUAUUUAGAGGUCUCUUUGCAUCCACAGGGAUCAAGCAUAACGUGAAAACAUUAUGUUAUGGGGCUUACAUGAUGCCCAACAUUUUAUAAACAGAAGUAACAGAGGCUUCAGGGUAUGUUACUUUUCAAAUUGAUUUUUUAAAAUAUUUCUUAAGCUUUAAAAAAAAUAGUAAAUUGGAUGCUAAGGGAGAUCAACCUAGGUAUAGCCCAUUAGCAGCUUGUUAGCUAUUUCUAUUUCUUCUCUAAGAUUAAGUGGACAUGGAAACAAACUCAAAGAUGGAGUCACUACUCACUAUUGGUAAACAAUAGGCCUUAUUUUACUCUUGAAUAUAUGAUAUUUCAUUCUUUUGACAGUUGCUUUUAGAGGCACAUUCUGUGUUUACAGAGCCUAAUUUAUUCCAUGCCAAAAAAGGUUGUGUUCAGUUCAGUCCAUGCUGGUGUUCUCCCUCAUUGUGCAGGGGGCUGUCUGCUACCCAUCAUAAAGCUGGUAGCAUAUAUUACCUUUUAGGGUGCUUUCCAAAAUUAAUGUUAUGGUGUACACCUAAAAUAUUAUACAGAAACAUAGCAUAUUCUGUAUAGAUAUUGGUAAAACAUCUGUAUCACGCAUGUACAUCCAUCAAAGAGAAGCCAGGUUCUAUGUAUACCUGCUAGCAAAUUAGCUUCUAUUGCAACCUGAGGUUUGCAAUGACAUUUCAGUAAGACUUAUGAACAAGAUAGGUUGCCAGUAAGGAACUGUGCUUCUGUUCAUUAAUCUGUGGAAAUGUAUAGGAACAAUGGAGCAAGUUUUGCCUUAACACUGGUGAGAGUACAGGAAGCAGGUGAUGUUAUCCAGGAGCUGGUCCAGGAAACUCUAGAAUAUGAAUCUUUCACUUAAUUUCAUUAGCUGUUUUAUCUGAAGGAUAAAACAAUAGGAAGAGUAAAUAGUUUAUCUCCUUCUCUGUUUUACACACUGCAUAAUAUGUCAAAGGUCAGACCCGCUGACCGAGAGAAUAUACUUGUCAAAUUCUUGUCAGUAUUCCCUGCUGUGCCUGCAUGUACUAAAUCUCAAUUCCAGAUUAUGGAAAUGCCUCUUCCUCUUCCCGUUGCUGCAUGACCUAUUUUAUUUAUUUAUUUAUUUUGCUUUUCUGCAAAAUAAAUCAAUACAUAAACAAACUAAAAUAUUCCCAGAGAUGAAUUUGUAUAGUCCAUUUAAUGCAUGGAAAUGUGCUGCAAUGUUGCAAGAAUCUACAAAUGAUAUUGGUCCAGUCUGGAAAUGCCAGGCUUUCAAACUAUUGAGAAAACAAUAGUUAAGACCAGGAGAUCCAAGAGAACAUUGAUCACAAGCCCAUGUUUUCCCCCCUUAUUCUCUGCUUUCCAGUUAACAUGUGGCUAUACUGUGUGCAGACUGACUAUGGCAUAGCCAGCAUUUCAGGGUAAGAUUUCUCACAAAUACAAGCCAAUAGAAGUUGGAUUUAUCUGUAUUUCCCAUGAUUAAUGCAGCUGUUCCAACCAUGGCUGCAUUAUCCCACUGCCAUAAUUCCUUCUCAUAUCUUGUGCCUUUGCUGUGAGCUGUGUUUUCAACCAUGCAACAUUUCCCACCAAACCUGGAAAAAGAGGACAGUCAUGCCUAGUUAUAAGGAACCCUUCUAAAGAGAUCCUUUCUUGUCAUUAAGGAUUUAUUUAAAUCAACUCCCUUUGCUGGCUUGUUUGACUGAGAAUUUCCCCUACCCUUAAUGCCAUGUGACCCAAAAGCCAUUUGAGAGCUCUUCAGGCUUGGGGACAUUUUUCUUAUUUUGUGCUUUCUCAAAAUCUAGUUGACUUUUAGGUGUAGCCCCCAUGUCAGAUUCCUGGAAACAUCUUUCUAGCUACAGCAGCUUAAUGUAGUAUUCCUUUAUGAGGAAUGUGGAAGUAGAAGAGGAGCAAGGCAACAUCUCAAAUUUGUUUGGUUUUAUUUUAAUGCAAUUCAGUUUAAUGUAAUUCUUAUGGUUGCUUGCUAGCCCCAUGUCUAAAAAACUUACCUCCACAUUUCAUUAAAAUUUACAGUUCAACAACAAUUUGGGAAGGAUCUGCAAGAUCUGCAGUUCUAAGACUACUGAAUAUGUUCCUCUGCAGACUGAUAUGGUCCAGAAAAUUUUCUUCUGCCCUUUUGAAUGCUGCCAAAAUCCAUGCAAGGAAGCAAUAUGACAUAAGCUAAAUAUUUCCAGUGACGUUCAUGAGGUCUCUUUCAAUCAACUCCACUCUAGAGAGUCAUAUCUAAGUCUUGUUCAAACUAAUAAGUGACAGCUAUUUGUAAGAUCUGUUAUUAUUGGUAGGAUGUACGUUCACACAAUAAAAUGAUCUGAAUUAGGGUUUUAUUUGGAGUGUUCAGGGCAUGUUUUGAUGGCAGCCCUUAUCAGAUAAUGCUGUGGUAAGGAAUCAGGGUAUUUUCAACAUACUUUAUGCAUAAUCAGGGUCUUUUUCAAGUUGAGGCUUGUGUCCAGGGAAUUCUAAAUUCCACCAGCUUCUGUAUUUUAAAGAUAACAGAUAUAUUUUUGUCCCAUACUAGAAGAUGAAAUAAAGGUUAAAGAAGAUCUAGUUAUCCAGUGGCUUUGUUAAACCAAAAACCAUCACACAGUCUCUCUCACACAGUCAAUGAAUCAUUUGGAUGAAUCAUUUGGACAAGCAAAUAAAGAAUUAGUAAGCAGUCAAGACUGUGAUAUCUCUGAAUGAAAGAUUAUGUAAAUGGACCUGGAUUCAUUCCCCAAACAACCAUUCAACAGAAGUGAUUCUGUGUAACAAAUAUGAUAAACAGUAGUCAUUUUAUGUAUAAAAAUACUCACAUGAUUUUAGCAUUUUAAAAUAUCUACUUUGAAACAGGGGCUAUUUGUUUCUGCUCUUGUCUGCUAAGAACUUUCUCAGGACAUUACGGCCAGGGAAGACAAAGAUAAAAUCAGGGUGGGAAAAACCAAAAUAAAGUAUCCCAAAUAGGAGCAACAGUAGUAUAUGAUAUUUGGAAUACUCAAUACAGAGUCAAUUGUAUGAAAUGCUUCUCUGAUAUUUUUGCUUAAUACCUACAGUUAUAUAGUUUUUUCAGCUAGGAUGCUGUGGGAAAUGGAGAUGAGGGGACAGAUGGCAGUCAUUAGAGGGGGGGAAACGGUUCAGAGAAAGAGAAAAAAUUAUGACCUGACUGAUGCUCUGUUACUCUGAUAGACAACCUGAUUUCAGAAGAUCCCAAAGAGCAAACCAGUUUGGAUCAAUGGUUUGUUGUAAACCAAAACCAAAAAUUACAAACAACUUUUAAAAGUUGUUGGCUUUGUAUCUGAAUAAAUGAGUUGCUGUGGGGCAGGGAACAAAGUUAAUUAAUAGAUGGAAAAAGGGAAGCAGGAGAAUCUGUGGGGGGAGGGGCAUCAAAAUAGUCAAAAUGGUAGCCACUCCUUUGCAACGGAAGGCUCAUCCCUUUUUAUGUCUGUUGCAAUGCAUUUAAAAAGUUGGGAGAGGAGCUUCCGUUGUGCAGUUGCAGCCACCCUCUUGACUUUUAAAAAUUCCCCUGAGGGCAAACCUGAGCCAGUGGAAGCUUCCCUAGUUAAGUUUUGGGCUCACAGCCUCAGGUGUGGGCCCAGCAACACCACCUGUUUACUCUGCCUCUCAUUUGCCAAAGAGCUGCUCUGCUUUCUGUCUCUGACUGUCAUUUUACAUGAGUCUAAAGACAGGACAUCAAUGGAAGAGAGAUAUCCUUUUUUUCCUCCAAAGUGUAGGAUGCAACAAUUUGCAAUAGAGGCAACAAGAUCUGGAACACCAGGAGGGAUAGCUGCUGCACUUCUGUGAACGAAGAACCCUUGUACCAAGGACAGUGUUUUCUUCCUAUUUAUUUUAUAACCAUCCAUUAUAUUUAUUUGUAGUAAAUUAAAGGGGCACUGGAAAAACGGAAAAAAUAACAACAUUGUACUUUUGCUUAGGAAGUUACAAAGCAGAACUUGUGUUUUGCUAUUUUUUAACAGUGACUCUAAAACACCUAUUUCUAAUACUUGACAUGUAUAUAAAUGUUAGAUAUGGGAUUUUCAAGGAGAAUUAUUUAAUAUAAAUGAUCUAUAUAUGCGCCAUAUCUUUAUAAAUAUAGACAUACUGUUUGCAAACAGCAUUGAAGACGUCUUGCUUUUGAACGAUUUGGGAGAAUUUUAUUCUUAGUUGGGGUUUUUUUUCACUUAGAAAAAUAGGAAAUGGGGGAGGAAGGAGGGGGGAAUUGAAUAAAAUACUCCUAGACAGGUCUUCUCUUUCUCAUGCCAAAGCAUAUUUGUACUGCUCUUUUAUUUUCAUUUUAGAAACAAAAUAAAGUCUGGAUUCAA